ACCCCUAACGUCAGGGGCGGAAGUGAGCGUUGCCGGGGCGCGGAUGCGGGGAGAAAGCGGCUGUGGGGAGAAGGUGUCUCGACCGAGCGCUUGGAUUCAGCUUCUUCAUUUCCAACAUGGAAGAAACUUACAUCGAUUCCCUGGACCCUGAAAAGCUAUUACAAUGCCCCUAUGAUAAAAACCACCAGAUCAGGGCCUGCAGGUUUCCUUAUCAUCUUAUCAAGUGCAGAAAGAAUCAUCCUGAUGUCGCAAACAAAUUGGCUACUUGUCCCUUCAAUGCUCGCCACCAGGUUCCUCGGGCCGAAAUCAGUCAUCAUAUCUCAAGCUGUGAUGAUAAAAGUUAUAUAGAGCAGGAUGUUGUCAACCAGACCAGGAACCUUGGACAAGAGACUCUGGCUGAGAGCACAUGGCAGUGCCCUCCUUGCGACGAAGACUGGGAUAAAGAUCUGUGGGAACAGACCAGCACCCCAUUUGUCUGGGGCACAGCCAACUACUGUGGCAACAACAGCCCUGCAAGCAACAUAGUUAUGGAACAUAAGAGUAACCUGGCUUCGGGCAUGCGCGUUCCCAAGUCUCUGCCGUAUGUUCUGCCGUGGAAAAACAAUGGAAAUGCACAGUAACUGAAUAUCUCAUCAAAUGCCAGACCCUAGAAGAGUCUUGCUUCUUCCUGCUAAAAUACCAAUGGGUUCUUCAUGGUUUUUGCCUCCUAAUCUAAUUAUAGAAAGAUAAACUGUCUGUGACUUUCAAACUGACAAGUACCUUUUUUUUCCCUCCCUGCUGUGAGUCUUCAUUCAUUUGAUGCAAGAAAGAACCCUCAAAUUCAAAUAAAGCAUCAACAUAGAGAGCUUGAUAGUUUGGUUAAGUACCUGCAGUCCCAAGAUCGAAAUCACAUCCCAUUUCACAUUAAUGAAACAUAAUUAUUUAAAGGUAUCUUAAAGGAUCCAGCUAAAGCGGGGAAGAAACGGGUUGGA